UGUUUUCAGUUCAAUGGACGAAUUAGAAGAUAAUCCAUGUCUUCUCGACCACCUUAUUCAAUCAAAAAUAGCUGAAAAACAUCUGCUAAGCGGGAAAAUCAUCACAUGUGCAAAAUUUGAUGAAAAAUACUCAAAAUGUGCUGAAAACCAAAUAAUUGAGGAGUUUCCUGAGCAUAUCAUUGGCUGCAAGUUGUUCAAAAAAGAAAAGAAAAUAAUCACCGUAACAUCGAGGAAUUCGCUCACAAUUCGCAUAUCUUCAAAUCUGAGCGUUUUAUCGAAAAUUCAAUGCGAUUACUUUGCCACAUCAAUUUGCUCUCUAAUCAUCGGAAAUAGUGCAGAAUCUUGUCACGUGUAUUUUGGAAGUGUUAUCGGAGAAUUAAUUGAUUGGAAGCCACACGAAGACGAGAAGCCAAUUAUGAGAAAAGGACAUAAAGGAAUGAUCUUUUCAAUUGUAACGGAUUCCACACGUAUUUUCACAAUUUCUGAUGAUCGAACAAUUCGAAUGUGGCCAAUUGAUGACAGAGAAAGUGGUCCGCUUUGCACAGUAUUCGGUCAUACAGCCCGUCCAUUCGCCAUUUGCGUGGAUCCAAUCAAUUAUAGAAUCUACACGGGCGGUAUCGAACAAACACUGUUCUGCUGGAAAUAUGAUGAACGUUCGAUUGAUUUGCGGCAAAAGAUUGCAAUUCCAAUUGGUGUUAUUCAGAAAAUCAGUAAAAUAGACGAUAGUACACUGGCGAUCAGCUCUCAAAAUGGAGAUCUUUUGGAAAUUCACGUGGAACAGCAAUCAUUGAAAUCGAAAAUUGUAAUUUUGAAAGAUGAUUUGAUGAAUUUUGCGAAUUUAAAUGGGAAAUUAGUGAUUUUAACGGCAGAUAAUGAGCUAAUCCUCUUCGAAUCCGAUGCAAUGCUCCGAAUAAUAUUCCGAUGCACAAAUAUAAAGCAUAUGACGUCAUCAGAUGAUUCGGUAGUAGCGUGGCAUCAGAACACGUGGAUUGUCAUCACAACUUCGUCAGUUCAUCGAUUGAAAUUGUCAAUGAAUAUCAUCUCUGCCACGUGUCACGCCUCAUACGUGGCAAUUAAGACUAUUGAUGGAAUAAUUCACGUCUACAACUUUGCCGACGUUGAGAAUAUCCGAUGUCUGAAAAGAUUCCGCGCACAGAAUGCAUCAAUGAUUCCGGCAGUGAUUUCAGUAGUCCACGAUAAUUUAUUGGUUAUUGGAACGACGCAUGGAGAGCUGUAUCAUGUAGAUUUAGAUGAACCGAACGAUGAUAUUCGUCUGAGCUUGAGUCGUUCCACGUCAUUUGAACUUUUUGGUGGAAAAGAAGUCACAUGUAUUCGAUCAAUUCCCAAUUCUUCAAUAUUCAUGACACUUGGCAAAACUGGAAUUUGGAGUACAAUUCGGUUAAUACGUGGUGGCACUACAAACUAUGAAAUGGAGGUUAUGAAUUUUCGAAGCUUCUCGACAUCAAGCAGAAUGGCAUGGCCAUCAAAGUUUAUUGAAUGGAAAGGAAAUCUCUUGAUUGUUGGAUUCUAUGGGACAUCACUAAUCAUUUGGAACUCUACAACAAAUCUUCCAAUCUUCGAAACAUACUGUGGUGGAGGUCAUCGAAUAUGGCAGUUGAAUGGCAGCGAAGAAAACAAGUUCAAUUUCGAUUUUAUUCGAGAUUCGCAGCUAUGCCGGCAAAAAAUUGAUUUUCUAUCAAAAAACUACUGGAUUAGCAAUGCACAUUCAUCUCCAAUUGUUGCGGCGUCUGGAUCGAGUAACUAUUUAGUUACAGUAUCCCUUGAUGGGCACUUGUCAAUUUCGGAUGGCAAUUUGAAAAGAAUUCUGACGAUAUUUGUGGGAGAAAAUCUACUUUGCACGGAUAUUUACGAUGAAGCUGAUGAAAAUGGCACUGUCUACAUUCUCACAGGCGGCGGAAAAUCCAAACUCUCAAUUAUCUGGUUCAAUUCUCUAGAAUUCAAGAAUUCCAGCGUAUUUUCACUUCGCCAUGUGUCUCGACCAGACGAAGGUCGCGUUGUUGCUGUUAAAACGUGUCGAAUUGCUCAAAAAACCUAUUUCAUCGCCUCAUAUUCAUCUGGAACGAUUGAGGUCUUUGGUGGAAUAUCACUCGAAUCCGUGUUUUCGAUUGAAAUUGAAGAUUCUUUGGGAAUUGCUGCGAAAAUGGAUUAUUCGAAAUCGCAGCUCGUUGUUGGAACCAGUGGCAGUUAUAUUCUUACUUACGAUUUGCUGGAAGAUGGAGUUCUGAGGGAGAAACAACGAGUGAAACUGCCGGAUCGAAGUGGUGUAACCUCCAUCUCAUACAUCCCGGAAGACGACUCCACAAUUAUCGGAUGUGAUUCCGGACAUGUGUAUAAAUAUCACACAUCUACAAUCACAAAGAUCCAUUCUCAUCUAUCGACUGUUGUUGGAAUUGUUGUAACUGAUCGCAAUCGAAUUCACACCGUUUCGUUGGACUGUGCAGUAGUGACGUCAUCAAUGUCCCCCAGUGCCACGUCAUCAAGAAUUCCAACGAUUAUCGGAAUGCCAAAUGGGAUGGUGAAGACUGGAGAAUCGACGUUGGUGGUCGUUGGAGAUGGAAUUCAAUCCAUUGAGUGUUGAUUUUUUCAGGUUUUUUUUUGUUGUUGUUGUUAUUAAUUUAAAUAAUUUCAAUUUUUAUGAAUUUUUUUUGUUGCAAAAUGAUACAGAACAAAGUGAAAAAUCAGUGAAA